UGUAUCUCUACAGCUCAAGAUGAAAACAUGGGCAUCAGAAGGAUGUGUAUUGAGUUUUAUUAUUCUCGAAGCCGUCGAAUCGUAGUCUUAUUGACACUUUUAGCGAUUGCAGGAAUUGUUUUUGUGCCACACUUCAUGAACACACAUAACAACAAGGCUCUAUUUGCCACCAACGAAGGCAGUGAUCAUGAAAAGUCACACAAGCGACACAAACUAAAAGCUGCAGGGGCACAACAUUUGCCAGAUACUUCAUUGAAGUUUUCUGGCGGACAAUUCGUACUAGGAGGAAAUCCUUUUACAAUUCUAAGUGGAUCAAUACACUACUUUCGGGUUAUUCCUCAAUACUGGGAUGAUCGUUUGGCAAAGCUGAAAGCCAUGGGGCUAAAUACAGUUACCACUUGUAUACCUUGGAAUAUCCAUGAAGAAGUUAAGGAAUUCAUCACGUUUGAUGAGCCAGAGUAUGAUAUAGUGUCAUUCAUAGAAAAAGCACAUAAACUUGGGCUGUAUGUUAUUCUCCGACCAGGGCCAUAUAUUGGUGCACAGCUUGACUUAGGUGGUCUUCCCAGCUGGCUGAUAGAGGAAUCUGGACAAAAUGUUCGUUCUUCUAAUCCACACUUCCUAAGUCUAGUAGAAAGAUACUUCAAAAAACUAUUCGGUACACUAAGCCAACAUCAAUAUUCCAAUGGAGGACCUAUCAUUGCUUGGCAAAUUGAGAAUGAAUAUUUAGCCUUUGGACAUGAUAUCAAUUAUUUGAAAUCUUUACAAAAGAUUAUGCUUCAAAAUGGUGUCAAAGAACUCAUGUUUACAUCAGAUUCACGAACCAGUCUUUCAGACAACAAAAUCAAUAUUCCAGGAGUUCUUAAGGGCAUGAGCAUGCAAUAUAUCUUAGAGGAAAAAGAAGCGUUAGAAGAACUUCAAAAAUUACAACCAGAUAAGCCUCUUUUUGUAACAGACCUUUGGACAGGCCAUCAUGAUUCCUGGGGUGAUGAACAUCACACAGAAAAAGUUGAUGAUUUAGCAGCUAGUGUUGCUAAGAUAUUAGCCAUGGGGGCUUCUGUCAAUUUCUACAUGUUUCAUGGUGGCACAAACUUUGGCUUUAUAAGUGGUGCUAAAAAUGGUGAGAAGUCUGAAUUCAUACCAGCCGUUACUUCUUUUGACUUUGAUGCUCCCUUGAAUGAAGCGGGUGAUGUCACAAGGAAGUAUAAGGAUCUCCGGAAAGUCCUCCGUGCACAUGCCCCAGAGCACUCAUUUCCUAAAAAACUUCCAGACAUUCCUCCAAAUGUCUCCCGAAAGGUUUAUGAACCAAUUAAAAUGGACCGUCAUAUGCCUUUAACAAAGAUGUAUAAAAAUGUGAACCAGGCUAUUAUAAUCAAGGAAGUGGUGCCGAUGGAAAAAUUGAGAAUCAACAAUAAUGGAGGUCAAAGCUAUGGCUAUGUAGUCUAUCGCACAUGGCUUCCUCAUGGUGCAAAGGAACUACACAUUGAGAAAUUUAGAGACUGGGCUCAGAUCAUGGUGGGGUCCAAGCUUCUUGCAACAUUAGAUUCAACAGACUUUGAUUAUGGAAACAUGGAUGUCAGCAAGAUGCUGAAUACAUAUAUAGAACUCAAGUACGAGCACGAGAACAAAGAUGAACAGUUAUAUUUAGAUAUAUUAGUGGAAAACUUGGGACGAGGAUAUGAAAAUGUAAUAAAUCAUACACAUAAAGGAAUAAUAGGAGAAGUUAACAUUGAUGGCCAAUCACCUGCUUCCUGGACAGUGUAUCCCUUUAGCUUUCAUAAAAACUUUAUUUCAAGUAUGUUUAACCAAGAAGCUUGGGAUUCAGCAUCAGAUGAGAAACACACUUCAGUGUUUCCAGGAUUCUUCAAGGGUACUUUGACCAUAACCAGUAAACCGCAUGACACCUUCCUGGACAUGACUGGGUGGGGUAAAGGUGUGGUUUUUGUUAAUGAUCAUGUACUUGGCCGGUAUUGGAAAAUAGGCCCCCAGCAAACACUGUACAUUCCUUCAGUAUGGCUACAAAGAGAUGAAAAUACGGUCGUAAUAUUUGAAUUUGAAAAACGAAGUCCUGAUGGAUUAGUAAAAUUUUCACAAAAUCCAGUCUUAGAUAAAUUAAUGAAAAGUUUUUAGCAUUGUCUGGUAUGUAGAACAUAGUGUAUUAAUUUAUGAUAUUUAAAGGCUGAUAGAGCAGAUCCAGUCUUAUGUUUAUAUACUGCACAGAACCUAUGAAGGAUUUCCUACUUUUGGACUGUAUUGAACUGAAAUGGCUGAUAACUUCUAUAGUUUAGACAAUAGGAGCAUUUUAUAAGAACUCUUACUGUAAUUUUAUACCUACAUAGUUAGCACUGUUAAUAUCAUAUUUGAAAAUCCUCUCUUUGUUGCUGUGAUGGAUUUUUCCAGUAAAACGUGACACACUUUGCAAGACCUGAGGACUACAACUAUCAUCACAGGCAGCCCAAGCUGGUGAUUGGGUUGCAUCACUACAAAUAAUAAUAAUAUAUAUAAAAAACAAUUUUGGAAAUAUUCUCCCCAGCUAGCUUGAGUUGAACUAUGUAUUUGCAUUUAUUGUGUGUAAUCUGGGAUCUAGUUGUUUUAGAGGGUUUUUGGGAUCUCUGUUUCUUCUAAAGAAAAAGGAAAUAAUUUGAACACAAAGUAGGAAAACUUUAUUUCAAAAUUAUCUCCAGCUUGGGCUGCCUGUGGUAUCAUGCUUUGCUUCAUAAAGUGUAAUAAAUGGUAAAUAACUAAGAUAAAAUUAGACUCCUUUGCAUCUGUCUCCGGUUGUUGAAAUGGAAGAAUAAAGCAUUAUAAUUAGUCAUU